AUGUUGCCGAUCCUCGUGGGCGUUGGAAUCACGACUAUUGCGCUUGCAGUUAGAUCAGGAUUCCGGGCCUGGAGUGCCUUCAAGAGGCUUACCCCAUCAAUGAUUGCGCAGCUCAACGGGGUCAAAUUAUCUAGAGAUGUUGGCGGCAGCAAUGGCCGAUUCCCCAGUAAAAUGACCUCCGAGCUCCGAGCUAGGCUAGAUCGGUAUCCUGGCGGUUUCUCUGCUCGAAUGACCGAGGCUGAAGCCCUAUUAAUCCUAGACAUUAGUCCUGGUGAUAUUCCUUUCCUCGAUGCACAGAUGCUUAAGAAGAAACACCGCGGUGCUUUGAUCCAAAAUCACCCAGAUAGAGGAGGAAGUCCGUAUUUGGCUAUGAAAGUCAAUGAAGCGCGAGACGUGCUACAGAAUAGUAUCAUGUUAAAAUGUCGAUGA